UCUCUCAUUUGUCCAAUCAUCUCAUUGAAAUGUCAACCUGAUUCUGGUAAAAAAAAAAAAAAAUUCCCACUCUUGUACCCUCUCCAAACCGUUUCAUAUAUAAAUUCUUACUCCUAUAAAAGAAUUCAGCUAUAUAUGCUUCACUUAGAUAUAGACAAAGAAACAUAGAGAGAGUUCCAACUUCCAAGACACAAAGAAGAGGAACAGAAGAAGAGUUAACAUAUAGUACUACUACUAAGAUUUCUUUUGGUCAUGGCAGAGGAAUUUCAGACUGGGAUUUGUGGAGGCAACUGGUGGAUGAAUCCAUCUAGAAGCACUUUCACAGGAAGCUCAUCGCCAUGUUCCAUGGCACUCAAUGACACUGGAAGCUAUGCAUGGUCUGAUAUGGUGGACAUGAAGGGAAGGCCAUGUGAGGAAACUAAUUCAGUCUCUGAUAGCUCCAUAGUUUUCCAAGAUGUUCAGAAGCCUCAACAACAGGCUGAUUCAGGCAGUGGCUGUGGCAGUAGUAGUAUCUUGAUUGAUUCCACACUUCAAAUGAUGGGUUUUGGCCUUUCAUCAUCUUCAACAACAUCCGAUUGGAGUCAAGCUUUGCUUCGGAAUAGUGGAAGAGCUGAGAGCAAUUAUAAUUCUAUGCUUCAAGAAGAAAUGAAUUCAAGGUUGAAUUACCAACAAGAAAGAGGAGUAGAUUCUACUCAAAUCCAAAAGAAUUGGAGCCCAAAAAACCUCUCUAAUGGAGGUGAUCAACAAGAUAAUUCAUCCAUCACUGCUUUUAAGUCAUCUGUAAGUCAAGACUUUUCAUUGGACACUGUCAGUAGCUCUACAGGCAACUGUACAGUGACUUGCCAGGGCUUAUCCACAAGCUUUCCUGUGGGAUCAGCUUCUUAUGGAUACCCUUCAACAUUGAUACAAAGUUUAUUUGAUCCUGACCCUCAACCACAGCAAUCUCUAUUCAACAAUAGGUCUCUGAGCUAUUCAUCCACCACUAAUUUUGGUGCCAACACCAAUGAAUUAUCACCUACUUGGCCUAGGUUUGCUCCCUUUUUGCCAAAGCAACAACCUUGUGGCUUGCACUUCACUAAUAACACACCCUUUUGGAAUGCCUCCACUGCCGUGGCCACGGCGGGUCUAAAUGACAGUAUUCGAGCUGGGGUUUUUCCUUCACCACCAUCACAAUAUCUAGUACCAACAUUUGAAGAGAAACCCAAGUGUUCCAACCACACGACAAAGCCUAUCAGUGAAGAUGUUCAAGACUCGGUUUCAGUGGUGAAGAAAAGUGUCAAUGAACCUGUAUUCAAAAGGCCUAGAAUUGAAACCCCAUCACCAUUACCAACUUUUAAGGUUCGGAAAGAGAAACUAGGGGACCGAAUAACUGCACUCCAACAAUUGGUUUCACCUUUCGGAAAGACUGAUACAGCCUCCGUUCUCCACGAAGCUAUUGAGUACAUCAAGUUCCUCCAUGAUCAAGUUUUAAGUACUCCAUAUAUGAAAAAUGGAACUCCAAUUCAACACCAACAGGGUUCUGAUAAAUUGGACUCAGAAGGCCCAAAACAAGAUCUAAGGACCCGAGGACUUUGCUUGGUUCCAAUUUCAAGCACAUAUCCAGUUGCUAAUGAGACUACAGCUGAUUUUUGGACACCAACAUUUGGCGGAACAUUCAGGUAGAGAACGAAGCCAAAGCUGUUCUACCAAACUAAUAGAGUACUAAUAGUAUCAACAACCCAGCGAAGUUAGGAAUGAUAAUUAUUUCAUUUUCAUACUUAGAAGCUACAAUAUUGCCGUGCUGUACCAGUCAUGAGCAAAAGCUAAAGACACAAAGAAAAGGGAGAAAAAGAAAGAAAGAAAGAAAGAAAGAAAAGGAAAUGACACUUCAAAGAUGGACAGGCAGUGCUGCUGGGCCAGGUGCAAGCAGAAUGAUUUAGGCUAGCAAAUGAUUAGUAGCCUCUGGAAAUGAGAGAAUAUAUAUAUAGGUACUAUUGUAAUAACCCCAAGUAUUAAAUAUAGUUAGAGGUGGGUUUAGGACAGGAACAACUACUAAAUUCAGCGGAAUUUAACACUAAUAGUUUUAGAUUUAAUUUUGCUAUUGUUGUUGUUGAGAAUAGCUGAAUUUAGCAGGAGGGUGUGAUUCAUAAAGGCCCUUUUGUUCCUGUUUAUGUAUGUGUAUAGAGCUGGCACCACCACCACCACCAUCUUUUAUAUAUUUAUUUAUAUAAAGAAAACAGAAAAAAAGAAGAAAUAAAAGGAGAUUUGUAUUGAA